UGCUACGAUGAUGCUACGGUGCUCCGGAUUACCAUUUCUACCCGGUAAUACAUUCCAAGAUAUUGGUCGUUCCAAGUUUCACAAAUCGCACCACUUCGAUCAGCGCAACCAGGUGUGCAUUCUCGUCGAUGGCAAGCGGCCAGGUAUCGGUGGCACACCGCUACUUGCAACCGACAGUCCCGAAUACACGCUACCUUCACUCUACCCACCGCACUACGGUCCGUCCCGUCCGGGAUGGUUGGAGUACGAUCGGCAGGUGCUGUGUUUCUAUGGUUACUUCCAGGAAACGCUUGGCAACGUGGAUCGCAUCCCCUACCAGAUCCGAAAGGUGCGCAUUCUGUACUAUCUCGAGGAUGAAACGAUGCAGGUAAGCGAACCACGAACGCUCAACUCUGGCAUCCCUCAGGGUUGUCUGGUAACGCGCCAGCGCAUACCAAGGCCUCCGCCGUACGAUAGUGAGUUUACCUCGCUGUUGGACUUGAACAUCAACCACACGGUGCAACUGUUCGAUCGGGUCUAUACCAUUACCGGGUGCGAUGAUUUUACGCGCCGCUUUCUUAACCGGCUGGGUGUCGCUGUACCGGGUGCGGUCGAACAACCGAGCGAUCCAGCUACGGACCUUCGCCGGCAGCAAGAUUCCGCCAAAAUGGCCCGUCGUCCGGCGUAUAAAAUUGAUACGUUAGGAAAAUUCCUUCAGUACGAUCGGAAGGUGCUCCGGUUCAAGGGAGUUUGGGACGAUCGGGGCAGCGUGUUCGGGGACGUACAUGAGCUGGACGUUCUCUAUCAUCUGAGCGACGAUACGUUCGAAAUUAAGGAGAAACUACCGGUUAACUCGGGUCGCGAUUCGAAUGGUAUGUUUCUGCGCCGUGGCCGUUUGCCGAAAACGUUCGAUCAUCUACCGACGAUGGGCGAAAGUACUCCGGUAAUGGUGCUGAAUGUGGUCGGCGGAGGUCUAAAAGGUGGCCGUUAUCUAACCGACUGUGUAGGGAUUGGUAAAUCGGAUGGAAAUUACUAUCGCGACGCGGAUUUGCGCAUCGGGGCAAGAAUUAAUGUGUACGGCCGGAUGGUUCUGUUAACCGGGUGUGAUCGGUUCACCGAGGGCUACUACCGCGAGAUGUACGGUGUGGAAGAUUUUACACCACUGUACGGUUACAGUGCACCGCGAGAACAGUUUGUGGCGGGACGGCGUCCGGAACGGGAGCUGCCACCGUUCAACGGUUGGGGUACGCACGAAGAUUCCGAGGGUAACUGCCUAACGCUCGAACCGAAACCACCCAAAAUUAACUUCCGCAAGUUUGUCGUGUAUGAUCGGUGCAGCUUGCGAUUCGGUGCCCGCAUGAUAUCGAACGUACGGGAAAACAAUGAUCGAUUCUUCGUGAUCAACUACUAUCUCAGCGACGAUACGAUCUCGGUGUAUGAAAUUCCGAUUCGCAAUUCAGGCUUUCUAGGUGGAGAGUUUAUCAAACGGCGCAAACUAUUCCUUCCCCAGCAGGACCCAUAUUCUGCCGAGCGUCCGGCUUGCUACGGACCACAGCAUUUCUAUCUAGGCGCUAGCGUGCGCCUGCAGGACCAUCUGUUUCACAUUACAAAUGCGGACAUUUAUGCGCUUCGCUUCAUGGAACAACACUGCGAAGAGUUUCCACUGUCGAACUUGGGCAAGAUUGUGAGUAAAUUACGCGAUGCGAUGCAACCACAGUACAAACAGUACGUGGCCAAGCAUAUGGCAAGGGUGACGCAGAUGAAAAUUGACGGCCGUACGGUUAGUACGAUCCCGUACGAAGGGCUGCGCGAGAUUCUGAUCGAGCUGCUAGGGGAUCGUAUCGUCGAUCAGGAGAUAGUGACGCUGUGCCGACUGUUUUCGGCCGAAUCAGAAAACCCUGACCCAUGCGAUCGGGAGUUAGUCCGGUCGGCUGUCCAUGCCGAGCUGAAUCGUGCCCUGUGGAGUGAUCUGGAUCGAACGAAGGAACACAUCUAUCAUCUGGAACCGACCAAUGCGGAAUGGCUGACACCGCAGCGUGUACGUACGAUAGUGAAGGCGUGCAAGAUACCGCUGGACAGUGCGUUGAUCGAUAAAAUGUUGCAGAUAUUGAACGCGAAUGAGCAAGGAUACAUUUCAACGCAGGACUUCCUCACCAUGCUUGAUCGAUCCGCCGUCCCCAGCAAACCGAUACAGCCGCUUAACAUUAAGCACGACGUGUGCCACUUUACGCCGUACCGCGUAACGGGCAAGCUGGUCAACUGGGACGAACUACUGGCGCACAUCGAUCUCGAACGAACGCUGACGAAUCAAACGUCUUAG